AUGCAAUUCAACACCGUCUUUUUUGCCCUCCUCGCAUCUGUGACCAGCGCACUGUCUGCCAUUAUCACUGGAUUUGAUGCUUGGGAGGCGGCUCAACCAAGUCGAUCAGUUACUCUGGAGUACCCUCCCAGAUCCAAUUCUUUAUCUCUGGCGGGGCACACGACUCUUGCACCAAUGGUGCAAGCUUGGUUCGUACUGACGGUUCUGGAUGCGCAACAGCACCUUCAGGCGUCAACUGGGAAAGUGUUGCAGUUUUCUAAGCCUCAUUGUCUGCAGGCUCGUCCAUAA